UGGCUCCGGCCCGCCCUCCCAAAACAGGCCGGCAGCCAGGCCAACUCGGCGGCGCUGGCGUUUCGGGACCUGAACCCCCGUCGUGCCGAUUUUAAAAUCCAGCACCUCCCCCAUCCGUCCCACAAUUUUUGUCUUGUUUGUUUUGUGAGACUGACAAAGGCACUGUCGAGUGCCAAUUGUCUGUCCUGCCAUCGGCCAUCCAUCAUGACCGACUCAGCAUCAGCUCAGAGUUUAGACACAGCGAUUGUCGCAGCUCUGCCCGAGGGCGCAAAAGUUGUUUCGGUGACGAGACAUGGCAACACAAGGUGGUCGACCGGAAAGCGGAUCGAUGUCGAGGUCGGCGGCGGAACCAAGAGCUAUUUUGUCAAAAUCAUCGAGGUCAACGAGUACCUCGAGGCCGCCCGCGGCGAGUUCGAAGGCGCUAAGGCUAUCGCCGCCGUGAUCCCCGACAACACCAUCGCGCCCAUCGCCUGGGGCUACUUCGCUGGCGACCGCACCAAGACGUGGUACCUGACCGAGUUCCGCCACCUCAGCGAGGCUACGCCGCCGUUCGACCAGCUGCUGGCCAUCGUGCUCAAGCUGCACCGCGGCUCGGCGUCGCCCAAUGGCCGCUUCGGCUUCCACGUCACGCCCUUCCAAGGCGCCCCGCCCAUGGUGGUCGACUGGUCCGACAACUGGGAGGAGUUCUGGACGCGCGACUUCCGCGCUGCCCUGGCCUAUUUGGAGCGCGUGCACGGCGCCAACGCCGAGCUAGAGGAAGUAGCGGAGGAGUUCAUCGGCACGGUCGUGCCGCGGCUGCUGCGACCGCUGCAGACGGGGGGACGCGACAUCAAGCCCAGCCUGUGCCACGGCGACCUCUUCGACGGCAACAUCCAAAUCGACCUCGACUCGGGCAACCCCGUCAUCUUCGACCCCUGCCCCUUCUACGGCCACGCCGAGAUGGACCUGCAGUGUAUGCGGCGCGCGCGCUACGCCGUCGGCUACGAGUUCGUCAAGUUGUACGGCAAGGCCGCCGCGUCCGAGCCCAAGGAGGACUUUGACGACCGCAACGCCCUGUACACCAUCCGCAACGACAUCCUCACGGCCGGCAUGUUUCCGAACCGCACGUUUGUGCUCGACGAGGCCAUCGAGGACAUGCGCUGGCUGCUCGCCAAGUACCCGGACGGCAUCGGUGGCUUUAAGGGCGAUCUAACUCCCACUAGGACCGUCACGGGCGGCGGGCAGGUGCAUGUGGAUGGGCUGAAGGGGCUUGGUUUGUACUGAAGUGAUGCAUGUUCGGCGGACUGGAAUUCACAAUAGGUGUGCUAGAAGUUGUUUGACACGCACUGGGACUCUUGCUGGGGCU